AAAACGACAAAACAAACCAAGAAGAAAAUUUAACAAAAACUCUAUUCUAUUCCUCUCCUCCAUUUUAGUUACAAUCGCCGGUGAGGAGAAUACCAUCGGAGAAUGAAUAUUCCGGUUGCCGUAUUCUCUUCUAUAUUCACACGCAAUGUCCUUAUCUCCGAUGAUCGCCGCCACUUAUUCCACGAAGAGCCUUAACGCUUGUUCCAUAUAGUCGUGAAGUUAUUCCUUUCUUUCUCACCGAAAGGUAUUCGUUUUUGGCCUUUUUUUGAUUCUUAGAUAGAUUUACUUGAACAACCGGCUGAGCUUGAGGUUUUCAUUUUUGAGAGUUUUGCAUAGUUUGAAACUACGCAAUACGUAUACAUAAAGAAGAUAAACACUGUUUAGUUAGUACUCACUGUAGAACAGCGUAAUCUUUUAUAUUUAAGCUAGGUUAGGCCUUUUCCGAUGAAGAUUCAACCGAUUGAUGCCGAUUCUGAUGCACUCAAAGAAGCAAUAAUUAGACCAGAGUCAACUAAACCUGUCCUGAAAUCGCGGCUAAAGAGGCUGUUCGACCGCCAGUUUCCAGGUGUUUUGAGAAUUUCAUCUACUGAGAGACAGCCUCCUUCUACAGCUGGUGUCAUCGGUGAGCCGCAACUUACCAAAGAUGCGCCGAAUGGAACCGAGUUCGAGCCUAGCUCGCUUUGUUUGGCCAAAAUGGUUCAGAAUUUCAUCGAAGAAACCAACGAGAAACAAUCCAAUGCCAAAUGCGGCCGUAAUCGCUGCAAUUGCUUUAACGGAAACAGUAAUGACAGCUCCGAUGAUGAAUUCGACGUCUUCAACGGCGGAUCGUUUAGCCACUCCCUUGAUACACUCAAGAGCUUGAUACCUUGCGCAAGUGUAGCGGAGAGAAAUCUGUUGGCAGAGACGACACUGAUUGUCGACAAAAACAGCAAAAAUCACAAAACGAAAGACGAUUUGAGAAAACUCGUAUGCGAAGGACUAUCAUCUCUCGGCUACAAUUGUUCAAUCUGCAAAUCAAAAUGGGACAAAUGUCCCUCGUUUCCCGCCGGUGAAUAUGAGUAUAUCGAUGUAAUCGUAGAUGGCGAGAGGAUGUUGGUUGAUAUUGACUUUAGACCGGAGUUUGAAAUUGCGAGAUCGACUAGUGCUUAUAAGGUGAUCCUGCAAACUUUGCCAUACAUUUUCGUCGGUAAACCGGAUAGGAUCGGACAAAUUGUGUCCAUUGUAUCGGAGGCGGCCAAGCAGAGCUUGAAGAAGAAAGACAUGCACUUUCCACCUUGGAGGAAAGCGGAGUACAUGCGUGCCAAGUGGCUCUCUCCCUUCGAGAAAACCUCCUGUCGAAUCGACUCAGUUUCGCAAAGCAAAACAGACACGGAGAGUCACCAAUGUUUGUUUGCAACACAGAGCGAUGAUUGUUGUGGAGAAUUGGAGUUGAUUUUUGGUGUGAAAACGGUGCCGCCGUUAGAGUCAUCGACCGAAAAAUCAAAAGAGGUAACGAUGACAUGGCAUCCGCCGACGAUGAAACAAAAUAUUGUAGAGAGAAGACCCAAGAUGGUGACCGGAUUAGCUUCUCUGUUGAAAGAGAAGCCAUGAAAAAAAAAAAAAAGGAUGAAUUUCUUUUUUAAUUCUAGAGGCAUUAAAAAAAUAGAUAUAUAAUAUAAAAUCGGAUA